AUGAAUACGGAGAUUCUAUCAGAAGCUAAAAUUGUUGACAAAAUACAAUACAAAAAAAAUGAGUAUUUUUCUGAAUUAGGUGAUUAUUUGAACUUAAAUGGAUGUGAUGAAAAUAAUAUAAAUUUUUCAGAAAAAAAUAAUUUUGAUCUAAUAAAUAAUGAAGGGAGAAGUUAUAAUAAAUUAUCUAAUGAUAAUAAAAUAGAAAAUGAUAAUUAUAAUCAUAAUUCAAGUACAGAAAGUUGCUUAAGUGAAAAUAACAAAAAUUAUACAGUAGAAAAAAAAAAAAAUUUUAAUUGUAUAAAUAACUUUGUUGAAAUUAAUGAAAUAAAUGAAAAUAAAGUUCAAACAAAAAAAAAGAAUGAUAAGCUAUUAAUGAAUACAUCAAAUAGAGAAGAAAUAAAAUAUGAAAAAUUGAAUAACCUUGUUAUAGAUGAGUUUAAUAAUGCAUCAGAGAAAUGUGAAAAAUUAAUAGAUAUGGAUGAAAUAAAUAAUUUUGAAAAAAAUAAAAAUAAUUAUUCAAGUAAAGAUAUGAGUAAUUCAAUACAUGAAAAAAGUAUCCCAUUAAAUUUUGUUGAAAAAAAUAAUGAAAACAUUGAAAAUUUAUUAGAUUUUUGUAUAGAUAAGAAAAAUUUAGAAUUAAAUACAGAAAAUGUAAAUCUUAAAAAUGACAAAAAUAUACAUGAUAACAUUUCAGGUAAGUCUUUAAUAGAGGACAAUCAUGAAAAUUUUUGUUUAAAAAAUAUAAAAAAGAAUGACAUAAUAAACCAAUUUUGUUAUGAUUCCUUAAACGGGAAAUAUCAAUUAAAAUUAGAUAAAAAUUAUACAAGUAAUUGUAAUGAUGUCUUCUAUGAGGAAAGUAGUAAGAACGAAGAAAAUUUUUGUAAUAAAAAUAUAUUAAACAACAGUAUAUAUAUGAAAGAUAAAGUUAAAAUAAAUAAAUCAGAUAUAUCAGAAAAAAUUAUAAUAAAAAAAGAAAAUAAUAAUUCCGAUGAAUAUUUUCAAUUAAAAAUUAUUCAAAAUGAAAGUGAAGAUAAGGAAUCAUGUUUUAAUGAUUUGAAAAAUUGCUAUAAAACUUGUGAAAUAGAAAAAGAUUUUGAAAUGUUCGUAAAACCUAAUGUGAAAUAUCAAUCUUUUGAGAAUAGUAACAAUAUAAGUGAAAAUAAUAAUAGAAUGUUUCAAAAUAUAAAUUUAUUAAGCAAAAACAUUAUGAAUAAAUUCAAAGAAAUUAAAAAUCAAAAAAGAAUAUCAAAGCCGCUUAGUUUCAAUAAAUUAAAGAACAAAAUUAACAAAAAUACUAAAAAAAAUAACUCAGAAAAUAAACAAAAAGAAAAAAAACAAAAUAAUGAAAAAGAAUGCUAUGAAACAGAAAAUAGAAAUAUUGAAGAGAUAAAAGAAAAAAGAAGUGAAAGAAAAGAAAAAAAGAUGAAUGUGGAAGAAGAUGAAGAAGAAGAAGGAGAGAAUGUUGAAGAGGACGAGGAAGGUGAGAAUGUUGAAGAGGACGAGGAAGGAGAGAAUGUUGAAGAAGAGGAAGGAGAGAAUGUUGAAGAGGAAGAGGAAGGAGAGAAUGUUGAAGAGAAAGAGGAAGGAGAGAAUGUUGGAGAAAAAGAAGGGGAGAAUGUUGGAGAAGAAGAAGAGAAUGUUGAAGAAGAAGAAGAAGAAGGAGAGACUGUUGGAGAAGAAGAAGGAGAGUAUGUUGAAGAGGACGAGGAAGAAGGUGAGAAUGUUGAAGAGGACGAGGAAGGUGAGAAUGUUGAAGAGGAAGAGGAAGAAGGUGAGAAUGUUGAAGAGGACGAGGAAGGUGAGAAUAUUGAAGAGGACGAGGAAGGUGAGAAGGUUGAAGAGGAAGAAGAAGGUGAGAAUGUUGAAGAGGAAGAAGAAGAUGAGAAUGUUGAAGAAGAAGAGCAAGAAAAGGAAGAAGCACAAAUAAAAUAUAAAGUUUCAAAAACAAAGGGAAUCAAAUUUGACGAAAAUGGAAAAAAUAAGAUUAAAAAAGAUGAGAAGAAAAUUGAGAAAAAGGAGGAAAAUGAAGAAGAAAAAGAAACAUGUGAGAUCAAAGAUGAGAGAUAUCUUGAAAGACAAUUAUAUAAUAUAGUGGAUCAAAAAGAAAUGAAAGAUAACGAUGAAAACAAAGAUGAAAAAUAUCAAAAAGAAAAAGAUAAAAAUUAUGAAGAACAGCAUAAAUUAUUGAAUUUAAUAAGAACAAAUGAAAGUUAUCAUAAUCAAGAAUUUACUGAUGGAAAUAAAAUUAAAAAUGUGAAUUACAUAGAUUCUGCUUAUGAAAAAGAGAAGGAAUACAAAUCAACAAGAAGAAAAAAUUAUAAAGAAAAUAUGAAAAGAUAUAAAGAAAAUUUACAUUUAUUUAAUGAAAUUUUAAAAUUUAAAGAAGAAUUUAAUUAUUUGGAUUAUAAAGAUUUAAAAAAAGACUUUGAAAGAGAUUUAAAAAAGACAAAUCAAAACUUAAAGAAAAAUUUAAAUUUCAGUGAAGAAAAUUGUGAAUAUAUAAAGAAUAAUAAAACGAUUUCAUUAAAUGAAAAAGAAAAUGCAAAUCUUUGGAAUAAUGAAAUCACUAAAGAAAAUAGAAUAACAACGUCAAACGAUUUUAAUAGUGUGAUGAAUAAUGAAAAUUUGAAGUAUGUAAAUAAAAAUGUAAAUAACCAAUUAUCUAGUCUUUCUGUAAAUAAUGAGAAGACAUAUUUUAAAAAAGGAGAAUCAUAUCAAAUGGAUUGUAAUAAGAAAAUGUCUUCACUUGAACGCAGUAAUUUAAAAUGUGAAAUUAAAAAAAGCGAUAAUUCAGUAGUUAUUGAUAAUAUUAACUGUAUGUACAAUCUGUUCAACAAUCAUAAGAAUUCAAAGUUGCCUAAUACUUUACAACUAAAAAAUAAUAUUGGCUUUAUUAACAACAGUAAGAUGAAUGAAUUAAAUGAAGAAAGCAAGAAUAUACAUUUAAUUGAUAAGGAUAUAAAUGAAAAUAAAAAAAUGAUAAAAAUUGAAAAGAAAAAAGAAACAACAGAAAAUUUAUUGGAAAAAAAUAACGUUGAUAUAUAUAAUUAUUUAUAUAAAGAGGGGGAAAAACAUUUACAUAAAAAUGUAAAAAUGAAAAUAGAUAUAGAAUUAAAAAAUAUAUAUUUUGUAAAAUAUAAAUAUAUAAAAUGUGUAGUAAUGAAUAAUUCUGGAGUUAUUCUUCAUUCUUUUACUUUUUAUAAAAAUGCAAUUGAUUUAGAUAAGGAAAAUAAUUUUUUUAAAAUAUUUAAUAAAAACAUAGAAAAUAAUAACUUGUUACAAUCAGAAGACAUAAAUAUACUAUUAGAAGAAUUAAAAAAAAUAUUUUCAACGGAUAUUUCUUUCCAACUUACCUUUGAUGCAGAAAUUUUUAAUGGAAAAAUAAAAAUAUCACCAUCAACUUUUUAUAGAUUAAGUUUUUAUGGUAUUGAUGAAAUAUCUUUAAAUGAAGAGAAAGAAUUGAAAAAUUUAAGAAAAAAAGAAGGAAAUGAUAAAACUAGUAAAAUAAAAAUAACAUCUAAUUGUAAACUAGCAAAUAAUAAAUUAAGAGAAAAUAAUAUAGAAGACAAAAACACAAAAAAAAUAAAAGUAAAAGAGAAAAAAAACUCCUAUAUUGGAUUUACCUUAAUUCAUUUAAAAUAUAUAUUUAAUAUACAAGAAGAAGGAUAUUUACAUUUAAAUAUAUCAGAUAAAAAAAAUGAAGAUUUUGAUUUUAUAAAAAAUUAUAAAAAAGAGGAUUAUGCUUACUUUUUAGAUAGCAAAGUAAUAGAAAAUAUGUCUUCUAAUAAUUUGAGUUACAUAGAAAAAAUUAGUAUGUUAUUCAAGGUUCUGUUUAAUCACAGCUUGAAUAUUUCUUCUCCAAAGGUUUUUUUAAAAUACAGUUUUUUAACAAAAAAUGAGAAUACAUUAAAAGAAAUGAAAACAAUUCAAAAUUUUGAAUUCAAAAAUAUACUAGAUAUAUUUCAAAAAAAUAAUAUUUCUAACGUUAACAUUAAAAAGGAUUUAGAAAAAUGUUUAAAAAAUUAUUAUAAAAAUUGUUCUAAAUCUAUUUAUGAUGACGUCAGUUAUUCAUUAUUUGAUGAAAAACCUGAAGAACAUAUAAAAGAAAACACUCAAAUUAAAAAUAAAGAUAGAUAUGAUUUAAAAGAAUGUGAAUUUAUGAAUGUAGAUUUUUUCAAUGUUCCAAAAGAUAUGUAUGUUAAUAAUUCUUUUCUAAAAAAUAUUAAAUUUUCCAAUCUCUUAAACCUGAAUGAAUCAAAUUCAGAGGAAGAAACAGAACAUAAAUUAAAAAAUAAUAAAAAUAUAAAUUAUUCUGAUGAAUUAAUUAAUGAAAUGAAUAAUCUUAAAUCAUCAGAUAUUACAAGUAACUUAAAAUUGCACAUUUUAAAUUUAUUUAAUCUAAAUAAAGAAUAUCAUAUGAAGAUUAAAAAAUUGCAAAAAAUUAUAUUUAAAUAUACAACAGGAAUAAAUGAUUAUUUUGAUUUUAUUGAAUUUACAAAAAAUAAUAAAAAUUAUAAAAUUUAUGAAGAAAAUAAGAAACUGAAAAAAUAUAUAAAAGAUUCUAAUAAAUUUUUCACUGAAGCUAUAGUAAAUAGCCAUCUUGAAAUUCAAAAAUUGAAACAUAGUAAUAAAACAAUAAAUAUUUUAUAUAAUAAAGAAAAAAUGAAUAAUUAUAAAGAAAAAAUUAGUAAAAAUGAAAUAUUUAUAGAAGAUUAUUCACAUAAUAAAAAUAAUAUAUAUGGAAAUAUAGUUAAUAAUUUCAAUAUAAAUAAAGAAUAUUCUGCUAAUCUAAUAAAUAAAAAUGAUCAAAACAAUCAUAUAAUGUAUAGUAAUCAAAGAGCAAACGGAGAAAUAAAAAAAAGACAAAAUAAUUUUCAUACUUCUCUUAAUAGAAAUCCAUCACAACUUUUUUCUAAAAAAAAUGAUAAUAUUACAUCGUUUUACAAUGAAAAUAAUAAUAAUGAAAGAAAAACAAAUGAUUAUUAUAAGAAUUUGAACAAUUAUAAAAAUCAUAAAUAUAUAGAGAAAAAAGUUAUUUUAAAUAAUAAAAGUAAUAAAUCAUUAAAUAAGUCAUAUAGUUUAUUUAACUUAUAUAGUGGAGAUAAUAAUAAUAAUAAAUACUGUGAUGUUCAAAAAAAUUCAAAAUUUUUUUCUAAUUCAGUUUGUUUAAGAAAAAAUUGUUCAUGUAAUACUAAUAAUAAUUUAAAAUCAAAAAAUUAUAAAAUCGAUAAAAACCAAAUAUUGAAAAAUUUCUCUAACCCUAUUUUAAAUAACAAAAAUGCAUUAAAAAUAAAUUUAGAUUUAUCAGAAUAUAGAAGACAAGUUUUUCCUAAUGUGAAAAAGAAUUAUGUAAUUUUAGAAGAUUAUGAUAAUGGCGAUUCUAGUAAUGUAAUAAAUCAAUCAAAAAAAAACAAUCAAAUGAAUAAUAAAUAUUUGAAUGGAAAUAUUCUUAUAAAAGAAAAUAAUGUUAUUAACUCUGUAAGCUCAAAUAAUAGUGAAGUAAAUUCUUUGAAAAAAAGUUUAAAUCACGAAAAUUGUGAAAAAUUAUAUAACAUAAAAAAGGAAAAUAUAUAUAUUACAAAAAAUGAUAUAGUUACAAAUACUUCAAAUAAGAAUUACUCUUCUAAUACACUUAACUCAAAAGAUAAUGUAAAUACUAACGAAAAAGAAAAAAUUAGUAACAACUAUUUUGAUGAAAUUACAAAUAAAUAUAUUAAAAAUAAUAAUAAUAAUAAUUAUUAUUAUAGUUGUAAUAAUAAUGGUAGUGAUUAUAGUGUCAAUAAUAACAUUAUUAAAGAUAGUUAUUCUCAUCUGAAGCAUAGUAAAAUUAAGAAUUUUUCUGAUAAUAAUAAUAAUAUUUAUUCAACUAAUAUUAGCAAAAAAAGUGUAAAAAACAACAACGAUGAUGAUAACAUAAAUAAUAAUAAUAAUAAUAAUAAUAAUAAUAAUAAUAAUAAUAAUAAUAAUAAUGGUAAAUUAAAUGCAAAACUUAUAAAAAAAACAAAAAAUAAUUAUGAUACAAGUGAAGUAUUAAAAAAGGAAUAUUUUCAAAGUGUUGAUUUAUUUUCAGUAAAUAAAGAAUAUAAUUUAAAUGUUAUGUUAAAUCCUAAAGAAGAUAAAAUAGAUAAAAAUGAUUUGGAGAAAAAUAAUUUGCAUAAUUGUAUAAACAGAACAAAAUUGUUAUCAAAUAAAGAGAAUAAAAUAGUUUUAAAUGAAACUCAUAAAAAUGAAAUUUAUAAUUCUAACAAUUGUAAAAGUAAUGGAAUUAAUUUUAAAUAUACGAAAAAGUAUGAAGAGGAUAUUCAUAAUGUUAAUUGCAAAAAAAAAUAUAUAGAAAAUGUAAUAUCUUCAUAUGAUGAUUUUAUAAUAAAUGAAAACAAAAACAAAAAUAAGAACAUUUUAGAAAGUUUUAAAGAAAAAACUGAAAAAAAAAAUUCUACAAAAAAAAAUAAUAAACUACAUUUAAAUAAAAAAAAUAGCGAUAAUGAAAUUAAUGCUAUUAAAAAAAUUAUUGAUUACAAUCUUAAAAAAAAAACAACUAUUAAUUUAAAUAAUGUAGAAAAAAAUACACUUUUUAAAAAUUUAAAAAAUAAUAAAAUUGAUUCUAUUGGUUUAGAUGAAAAAAAAAAGGGUUAUGCUACUAAUAAUAAAAUUAUAGAAGUAUCAAAAAGGAAAAAUAGGGAUUCACAAGAUUCUAAUAUUUUAGACAUCAUAAAUAAAAAUUUAAAUAAAUCUUUCAGUCAAUUAGAUAAGAUAAAAAAAAAAAUUAAUGAGGAGUUAUUAAUUUAA